AUGUCUGUUCCUUCCGAGGACGUGAUCAGGUUUGCACAAGAGCUCGACAUGACUAAAGCUUCAUAUCCAUCAUCUCGGCCUGCGAGCAUGGAACGGCAGACAAAGCUUGCCCAUCUGAAGCUCGUCUCAAAGUAUUACGGCUGCGCCAACUUCUCAUAUCCUCGACCAGACGGCACUUCGACUCGCAACCCAUACAGGCGAGCUGGCCAGGCCUACUCAACAGAGGACCUCAACCAGGACUACAACCCUGACUUGCUGUGCCCCGAGACCCCAACUCGACGAGAUCGCACAUCAAUCGGCUCUCAGAGCUCGGACGGGUCAACACCCAGCCUCAUUGACGACCGUACUGACUCUGAAGUCUCACUUGACGACGAUUAUCAGUAUCACGCCUCUGCCUCUCAGCUGUGGGACACCUUUUGGCAAGCCGAGGAAGGCCCAAGCCAAAAGACCCCAGAGAAAUCCAAGACUCAGUAUCCCGCCUUGAUUCCUUCACCACAUAUUAGAAGAGCCAAGAAGGCGGGCCGCAUCAAUUACGAGGACUAUCCAUUACCGCCCCGGCCGGUGGAGUACAACAUCAAAGUCAACCACCCAGCCCCUCCUCCCAAAGACGACUCUUUGACGCAGAUGCAGCCACAACCAGCCACGAAAGAGGCACAGGCUCCUCUGGAACCUCGAGACUUUGUGGUCUCGGAGGAGUCUCGUCAUCCUUUCCCAGGUCCCCGACGCACCGUUCGUGCUGUCCGCUCGUCUUACUGCCUCUUCCCACGCACCCAAUCACCGGUGCCGAGCUACCCGCCGCCUCCUCCUCCACGCCUGCCGACUCUUCCAAAAACCAAGAGCUUGCGCAGAGGUCCACGGCCUCCACCAAUUCACCUUUACUCUCUGCCCGUCCCAGCUGCAGCUCCCCUGCCUUCUCCCGCUACCGCAUCACUUUACACACCUCUGUACUCACCCCCCUUCUCCCCUGUGCCGUCUCUACACACCCGGCCGCACACAUCACAGGGGAGCUAUAUCUCCUCCGUCAUCGACUUGGUCCAGCCCCGCUCCGCCCCUCUCCCCUCUGAAAUCCCCGAGUCGGACACCCCCCGUGGACCGGAGAUGCCGAAGUCCUUCUUUGACUUUGACUCGGACUCGGAGUCAGAUGAUUCGGAGCCGGAACAUGCCAUUUCUCGCCUUGUCAAGAACCUGCAUAUGCGCAACGCCAGCGACACAAGGCGAGGCGCCGCUAAGGCGUCUGCAGCCGCUGACUCUCAGCUGCGGCGUGCGCGUGGCGAUGCCGAGCCCGAAAGAGAGGCGGACAGCCAGAUGCUGUUCGACAAGCACAAAAGGAGCGCCGCGAGGUUCGGCCGCAUGUUUGGACGCGCGGGAGGCAAGCCCUUCAAUCUUUGA